AUGGGUGGUUAUGGUGAUAGACAUCCUCGCAGAGUGAACAUUCCUUCAAUAAAUACACAGAGCAUGGGUCAACAAGGCCAGAAUGAUAUGACCACUCCUGGCACCGCGUUCGAUAUGCAAUUUACACCUUUGCUCCCUUCUCAACUUCUCCUCGGUAGCCCCUUCCAACCAGGAACUCCGUCCGCCUUCCAAAGUCCUCAGUUUCAAAACUAUGCGACUUACCAGCAGCAACAACAGAAUCAACAACAACCUCAAAGCCCAACAGGGCCGAUGUCCCCUCAACUCUACCAGAGCUUGGUCUCUCCCUCGACUUACGGCGCGCCUCAAUUCUAUAACCCACAAUCCCCAACAGGCGGAUAUGCUCAAAUGAAUAACGCAAUGCAAAAUAUGAGCUUGGCACCUUCUUCUCCAGUACAAAUGUCACCGGGUUUAGUUUCAGGAACGAGCCGAACAGUCUACUUGGGAAAUAUCCCUCCCGAGACGUCCGCGGAAGAAAUUCUCGGACACGUUCGUAGUGGUCAGAUCGAGUCCGUCCGACUUUUGCCAGAUAAGAACUGUGCUUUCAUCUCAUUCUUGGAUGGAAGCUCCGCCACCCAUUUCCAUUCCGAUGCGAUUUUGAAGAAGCUUUCUAUCAGGGGUCAGGAUAUCAAGGUUGGUUGGGGAAAGCCUUCGCAAGUACCUACUUCUGUUGCUCUUGCCGUUCAACAAUCGGGUGCUUCGAGAAACGUUUAUUUGGGUAACCUUGGGGAGGAAGUCACAGAGGAUGAAUUGCGUGAGGAUCUCGGAAAAUUUGGUCCCAUCGAUACAGUAAAGAUUGUUCGAGAAAAGGCAAUUGGCUUUGUUCACUUCUUGUCAAUCGGAAAUGCUAUCAAGGCUGUUUCUCAAUUACCUCAGGAGGCGAAAUGGCAAUCACCACGUAGGGUUUACUACGGAAAAGAUCGUUGCGCAUACGUUUCCAAGACCCAACAGCAGAAUGCUGCUCAAUAUCUUGGCAUUGCCCCAGGAUAUGCUCACGUUCUCAAUGGGGCUGACCGUGACUUGAUUUCUAAUGCUUUGGCUCAACAAUCUGUAGCUGCUGCUGCCGUUGCCACAACUGCAGGCGGUAUCAACAACCUUGGAAACCGAACUGUUUACUUGGGCAACAUUCAUCCCGAAACCACUAUCGAAGAAAUUUGCAAUGUUGUUAGAGGCGGUCUGUUACAUCACAUUCGAUAUAUACCCGAUAAGCACAUUUGCUUUGUCACAUUCAUUGAUCCUACUUCCGCGGCUUCUUUCUAUGCUUUAAGCAACUUGCAAGGAUUGAUGAUUCACAACAGAAGAUUGAAGAUUGGAUGGGGGAAACAUUCUGGCGCACUUCCAGCUGCAAUUGCUCUUGCUGUUAGUGGUGGAGCAUCAAGAAAUGUUUACAUUGGUAACUUGGAUGAAUCAUGGACUGAAGAGAGACUGAGACAGGAUUUCUCUGAAUAUGGUGAGAUUGAGCUAGUUAAUACUCUUCGAGAGAAGAGUUGCGCUUUUGUCAACUUCACGAAUAUCGCAAAUGCUAUCAAGGCAAUCGAAGCUAUUCGAGGGAAGGACGAGUACCGUCGAUUCAAGGUUAACUUUGGAAAGGAUCGAUGUGGAAAUCCUCCACGACAAGUUCAACAAUCUCAAUCUCCUCGUGGUGAUGGUGUUAACUCACCUCCUCAUUCAGGUGGUCUUCAGCCAAGUCAGAAUGGUUCUUCUCCAACAGGUUCUGUGGCUCCAGGUUCUAUCAAUGGCUCCAAUGGAAAUUUCCAACAGCAGCAGCAACAGCAACAAGGGUCUACUCCAUCGACUAUCCUGAAUGCUGGCAGCAACAACCCAUUGACUAUGUACCUCAACCAAGUUUCCCAACAAGCUCAACAGCAACAACAAAACCUCGACCCCUAUUCCGUCGCAGCACUUCAACAACAACAGCAACAAGUCCUUGCAGCUCAACAAGCGGCUUUGUACGGUGGUGGAAACAUGGAUGAUUUAAACAUUCAACAAUCACAACCUAGCGGACAUGGUUCAAGCGCAAGCAUUAGCAACACAAAUGGAUUCCAAUCCUCGGGAGCACCAACCAUGAAUGGAUUAUUGGCUCCAGCUAGAGGAAGCCACAGCAGAGCUGUUUCUCUUCCUGUUUUUGCACAGCCUGAUGGCAAUGGAAAUGAGCAACAAGGAGGUUCAAGAGGAAGGGGACAUCAAUAUCAAAAUUCCUUCUCAGGCGGUCUAGGCAAUGGAGGGUUCAACAGUGGAUACGGACUUGGCAUUGAUGGACAGGGACAUGGGCUUAAUGGUUGGGCUGAAGAAGAAGUUGCAGGCAAUUAA